AGCUGAGACCUCGUCAUGCAUCUACAGGAACUGUUCUUGGUCGUAGCCGUGCUCUUGCCCCAAUGCUUGAGGGCCCUUCGCUAUAGCCAGGGCACUGGCGAUGAGAACUGCGAGACCCUCAAGUCCGAGAUACAUCUGAUCAAGGAGGAGUUCGAUGAGCUGGGGCGCAUGCAAAGAACCUGCAAUGCCGAUGUCAUAGUCAACAAAUGCGAGGGACUUUGCAAUAGUCAAGUUCAGCCCUCGGUCAUCACGCCAACGGGGUUUCUGAAAGAGUGCUACUGUUGCCGCGAAAACUUUCUCAAGGAAAAGGUGUUCACUCUGACCCAUUGUUACGAUGCGGACGGCACUCGUCUCACCUCCCCUGAGAAGGCUACCAUGGACAUUCGCCUAAGAGAGCCUACUGAGUGCAAGUGCUUCAAGUGUGGCGAUUUCACACGCUAAGCUCCACACAUUUGUAUGUCCAUACUACUCGCGAUACAUAAAAAUAAAGUUUCUAU